AUGAAAGAAGAGAUGGAAGAAGAGGAGGAGAAGAACCUUCAACUUAUUCCUCUCCUCGAUUACAAGCUCCACCUGCUUAUACUCCAACUGCACCUCCCGGAUAUUCAAUGAAUGGAACUUAUUUUUUAUGCUAUGAUGGAA